AUGGAUCCACCUGACCCAACAAGCAACGCGGUCGGGGCCUCGAAGACAACGUGCAACGACUUCCCGGACGGCGUCAAAAUCUGGCACAGCCCUGGAGACGCCAAACUUGAUAUCUGCUUCAUACAUGGUCUGUCAGGUAAUCGCGAUAAGACUUGGACUGCUCCUGGUCAGCCUAACCCGUGGCCUACCGAAUUACUUCCAUCCCGACUAGCCAAAGCUCGUCUCCUCACCUACGGCUACGACGCGUACGUUUUGAGGAAGUCUGUUUCUUCAACGAAUCGGCUGAUUGAUCACGCCAAUAAUCUACUACACGACCUGGCUGCUGAGCGUACAUCUUCUGGCAUAAUCAAUCGGCCUCUUAUCUUCGUUGUGCACAGCUUUGGCGGUAUUGUUUGCAAAACAGCAUUUAUUAUUUCACGCCAGAAUCCCGAGGCUCACCUUCGCCAGAUUUCCAACUGUACCAGGGGAAUCGCGUUCCUUGGAACUCCGCACCGCGGGUCUUGGGCUGCUGAUUGGGCCAAGAUACCGGCUUGGUCGUUGGGUCAAGUCAAGUCGACAAAUCGUAGCAUAUUGGAUGUUUUACAGAUGAACAACCAAUAUCUCGAAUUCAUUCAAACUUCAUUUCUAUCAAUGCUACGCGACCUUGACAAAAAGGGGCGGCCUUUGCAAAUCACUUGUUUCUUCGAAGAACUGCCCAUGCCCGGAAUCGGCACCAUCGUCAGCAAGGAAUCGGCCUCUCUUGAGGGCUACAGUACUUUCAGCAUCCAUUCCAACCACUCUAACAUGGCCAAGUUUGGCUCAGCCGAGGAGAGCGGGUUCAAGAGACUCCUGGGGGAAUUGGUACGAUGCAAUGCCAUGCUUGGAACGGGAGACUCAACUGUCCGCCCUGUGGCUGGACUAGAGUCAAAUGGAACAACGCCAAAUGCAACGUCAUCCCUCCAAACUACAACUAGGCAUAUUUUUAAUGUGAGUGGAGGGACGCAGCAUAACAACACGGGGGCGGGGAAUCAGUUCUUUGGAAAUUUCGAUGGGCCGGUCUAUUUUGGCUUGCCAUCUAAUAAGUAGUUAUCUUUAAAGAGAAU